AUGCUGAUACUAUCAGAUUGGAUCCCUCCAAUUCUGCCGAGAAUCGUCAUUACAUGCUUAGUUUGGUACCUGAUUUCAUCGAUUACCUCACAAUUGACAAAAUCAAUAUUGAUUGAGUAUAGCUAUCCAUUAUUUUUGAGUCAAUUCCAAUUCUUGAUAGGGUCCAUAUUAUCGUUAUCGUUUAUUUUUUUGGCCAGGUCGUCUCCCAAGAUCUCCGGGUAUUUUCCUUUGGGUAGUAUACCCCUUGAUGAUUCCAAACCAAUUUUUAGUAAAGGUGCAUUUUUAAAGAUCUUACCCUUAGGUUUGUUUCAAUUUUGCGGUAAAUAUUGUUCCUUAAGUGCCACAUCCUUGAUAUCCUUGGCAACAGUUUCCAGUGUCAAGGCUCUAUCCCCAUUAUUAAUUGUUUCAGGGUAUAAACUCAUAUAUCAAGUAAAAUUUCCAAUUGUCACAUAUAUAUCAUUAACUCCUUUAGUAGGUGGAGUUAUGUUGUUGAUAUCUGAUGAAUCAAAGUCACACCCUGUUAAAGGGGAACUUUCGAAUACGGACCUCAGUUUAAAUCAAAUCAAAGGGUUAAUCUACUGUUUGGUCAGUGUGUUGAUUUUUGCAGCACAAAACAUCUAUGGGAAACAAUUGAUAACUUGGGAUUCAGACACCAAUCCAGCAAACUUGGCAUUAUAUUCCAACAGAUCCGAACCUAUUGAUGAUGGGUUCAAAGGGAAGUUCAUUAGACAAAGGAAUAAUUCCAUCAGACUACCUUAUUCUACUUCUGACAUCAGAUUAGAUGAAAAAAAAGAGGAAAAAAGAGAGAAUGGAAGUAGUAGUUUCAACAACGGGUAUGCUGAACAAGCUACUGCUAAUAAAUUCAAAUUGUUUAAUCCUUUAUCAUCGUUUAUGAAUGAAUCAGAUACCGUUAUAAAGCCUGAUCAAAUGACUAUCAUAUUUUAUUGUUCAAUCAUUGGUUUAACCAUUUCUUCUGCUGGAUUCACGUUGAAUGAAUUACCUCAUGUUUUGGAUCUUAUGUUCGGUAGAUUAGAAGAUUCCACACCUGAAACCAAAUCAGGGAUUUUCCGAGUAUUCUACUUAAUCUUACUCAAUUCUGUAUCACAUUUCAUUCAAACAUUAUUGGCCUUCCAUUUAUUAGGACUGAUACCAGCAGUUUCUUAUUCAAUUGCUUCCAUGAUGAAAAGAAUUUGUUUAAUCCUUGUAAGUAUCAUUUUGGCCACUGAUUAUCAUGACCCAAAUAAAUAUUUCGGCAAAAUAACAGGAACUCAAAUAGUUGGUUUACUGCUUACUGGAGUUGGAUUAUAUUGUUAUGAUAAAUGGGGAGCUCAUAUAGUUAAAGACAAAAAAUAG